AUUUUGGUUUAAAUUGGGUCUAACCUGACACUUGAUAACAAACAGACUACGUACCAUUUACAACCCAGAGAUACUUUAUUACUGGGGGUAGAUACACAGGACGAUGAAUCUAGUGUUUUACUUGUUUCUAUACAUUAUCAUCAUAGCUUCAAUCAUAUCCAUCAUUAUCAUAUUUGCUGAUUUACCUACAUUCCGAAAUACGCCACUCCAAAAAUUGAAAACUUUCUUAACAAAACUUCUCAAUCAUGGUCAACAAUCAUUCAAUUAUGUUAAUUAUACCGUGUUUGAUAAUAAAUUACAAUCAUAUGCCAAUUGGAUAGUACCGAUUGGGUAUCUUUUCGUGGUGACCUUAUGUGUAAGUUUAUUUUUCAUUAAUACUUAUCCAACUUUAACUACCUUAUAUUCAUCCAAAUCAUCAGCAUUAACUUUAAUCAACUUGUAUAUAGAUUCAACCAUUGCUUUGGUUUAUAUUGCUACUACUUUAGCUAUUUUCGUUACUCCUGGUCCUAUAAAUUCCAAAACUUAUAAAACUUUUAAAAAUAAUCAAUUAAUCUUUUUUGAUAAUAGAACUUGUUCAACAUGUCUCAUCUUAAAGCCUGCUCGGUCUAAACAUUGCAAUACUUGUGGUAAAUGUUAUCCUUUAUAUGAUCAUCAUUGCAUUUGGUUAAACAAUUGUGUGGGCCAAAAUAACUUUAAAUGGUUUAUAUUAUUCUUAUUAUCAAAUAUAAAUUUAUUAAUUGGAGGGACAAUCUUAACCUUUAAAGUUUUACAAUAUCAAUUUAUUAGAUGGGGGAAGAAAUCAUAUUGGAGUUUAAUUAAAUCAUCUAAUGAUGCGAAUAAAAUUACCGGGAUUUUCUUUAUAAUCUGUAUUAUAUUUUCAUUAAUAACUAUCAGUUUUACAUUAUUACAUGUUAGAUAUAUCUAUUUAGGAGUUACCACUAAUGAAUUAGAUAAAUGGCAAGAUGUGGAAUAUCUUGUUAAAUUAGGAACCUUAUAUAAAUCUUCAACUCCAUUAGUGGAUAAUCAAAUCUAUAUUGAGAAAAUAUUUGAUCAUAAUACUAAUCAACAUGUCUAUAUAAGUUUAACUGAUGAUCGAAUCUUGAUAAAGGAAGAUAAUAUAUCUUCAUAUCACUUAACUCAGAUAAAAUCAGUGGCAAAUGAUUUGAUUAAUAUUUAUGAUAAUGGAUUUUGGAAUAAUUUACAAGAAAGAUUAGCUUUCUGAUACUGAUGAUGACGGUAUGUUUAAUCGUUUAUAGAUAAUGGUUGGUAUGCUGAUUUUAAUGAUUUCUCGUCGUAUAGGUUGUUUAAUAAUAUUACCAUUCAUAUAAUUGUCCUUUAUUGUAGUCCGUUUAACAAACUUAUUCUGAAAUUCUUGAUUUAUAUUAUCAUUAAUGAUAAUUAAUUGAGUUAAUAUCAACUUAAAUUGAUCUUUUAAAUUGGGAUUGAAAUAAUCUUGAUGAAAAUAUUGAACAGCAUAUAGAUAUAGUUUAAAUAAAUGUAAAGUUAACCCCCCUUGGGAAUCAAUAUUGUUCUUAAUGAAUAAUGUUACUAUGCAUGGGGAUAGUUGAUCGAAAUUAGUUUGAAUUAGAUCAACCGAUUUUAAAAAUAUCAUCUUAUUGGAAAUAACUUUAAUAUUGAUUUUACUAUCGUUGGUACUAUUUGUACUACUACUUGGACUAAGGUGGGUAACUUUAUCCAUAUGUCUUAAUUUUUCAGUCAUUA